CUCUCUCUCUGUACAUGGGGCUGCGAGUGUGCGCGCUGAAAGAUCUCUGCACUGCAGCCUCCACCUCCUCCUCCUCUCUCUCUCUCUCUCUGCCUCUCUUGCACACUGAGCAUCGCUGCAGUAUUAGGCAUCGGUACCCUGGGAAGGAAGAAAAGGAGCCCGAGAGAGGUUGGGAGAGGGAGCUGCACAGGCACAGAGGAUGCUGAAUAACCUGACAGAGUGCGAGGAGGGAGAGGGGGGCACCAGCCAAGGAGAUGGAAAUCCCAAGGAAAGCUCCCCAUUCAUCAACAGUUCGGAAAUUGAUACCGGCAAAAACAUGGCAUUGUUUGAGGAGGAAAUGGACACAAGUCCUAUGGUCUCCUCACUUCUUAGCGGUUUGGCCAACUACACCAACCUGACACAAGGUGUACGAGAACAUGAAGAAGCUGAGAACAAUGAAGGGGCAAAGAAGAAGCCAAUUCAGGCCCCAAGAAUGGGAACCUUCAUGGGGGUGUACCUUCCCUGCCUACAAAAUAUUUUUGGUGUCAUCCUCUUUCUACGUCUUACAUGGGUGGUGGGAGUUGGUGGUAUUCUGGAGUCAUUCAUUAUGGUCAUUAUGUGCUGUUCCUGCACCAUGCUGACUGCUAUCUCAAUGAGCGCCAUCGCUACCAAUGGAGUUGUGCCAGCUGGAGGUUCAUAUUACAUGAUUUCUCGCUCGCUUGGCCCGGAGUUCGGAGGCGCUGUGGGUCUUUGCUUUUACCUGGGAACCACAUUUGCUGGAGCCAUGUACAUCCUGGGGACGAUUGAAAUCCUUAUAACGUAUCUCUUUCCUGGUAUGGCCAUCUUUAAAGCUGAAGAAGCCAGUGAAGAAACCGCUGCCCUCCUGAAUAACAUGCGUGUAUAUGGCACAUGUGUGCUCACCUGCAUGGCCAUUGUAGUCUUCGUGGGAGUGAAAUAUGUCAAUAAAUUUGCUCUUGUGUUCCUGGGUUGUGUGAUCCUCUCCAUCCUGUCAAUCUACGCAGGGGUCAUUAAGUCUGCCUUUGACCCACCAGACUUCCCAAUCUGUAUCCUUGGCAAUCGCACUUUAUCCAGGAAAGGUUUUGAUGUCUGUGCUAAGUUUAUUGACAUCGGCAAUGAGACAGUCACCAGCAAGUUGUGGGCUCUUUUCUGCUCCUCACCAUUUUUGAAUGCCACAUGUGACAUUUAUUUCUCCCAAAACAACGUGACAGAGGUUCAGGGCAUCCCAGGAGUUGCCAGUGGACUUAUCCGAGAGAAUGUGUGGUCAACGUAUUUGCCGAAGGACUUAAUUGUGGAGAAAGCUGGAAUGCACUCGGUUUUCUCUGGAGAUCCGGUUAACCUGGACCAGCCAUAUGUAUUUAGUGACAUGACGACUUACUUCACCCUUCUUGUGGGAAUCUAUUUUCCAUCUGUCACCGGGAUUAUGGCUGGUUCAAACAGGUCCGGAGAUCUCCGUGACGCCCAAAAGUCCAUCCCUAUAGGAACUAUUAUGGCUAUUGCUACCACAUCUUUUGUGUAUAUUUCCUCUGUUAUUCUGUUUGGCGCAUGUAUUGAAGGGGUUGUCUUAAGAGACAAGUUUGGAGAAGCUGUGAAUGGGAAUUUAGUGGUGGGAACACUGUCCUGGCCAUCACCUUGGGUCAUUGUGAUUGGGUCAUUCUUCUCUACAUGUGGAGCUGGUUUACAGAGCUUAACAGGAGCACCAAGACUUUUGCAGGCCAUAGCUCGAGAUGGAAUUGUGCCUUUCCUCAGAGUUUUUGGCCAUGGCAAGGCUAAUGGAGAACCAACGUGGGCCCUGUUGCUGACCGCUUGCAUCUGCGAAAUUGGCAUCCUCAUUGCCUCACUGGAUGAAGUUGCACCUAUUCUUUCCAUGUUUUUCUUGAUGUGUUACAUGUUUGUUAACUUGGCCUGUGCAGUUCAGACAUUGCUCAGGACUCCGAAUUGGAGGCCUCGCUUCAAAUAUUAUCACUGGACCUUAUCUUUCCUUGGUAUGAGUCUUUGCCUUUCUCUUAUGUUUAUCUGCUCUUGGUAUUAUGCUCUUGUAGCUAUGUUGGUCGCUGGUCUUAUCUACAAGUACAUUGAGUACCGAGGGGCUGAGAAGGAGUGGGGAGAUGGAAUUCGUGGCCUGUCCCUUAGUGCUGCGCGAUAUGCUCUUCUAAGGUUGGAAGAGGGUCCUCCACACACCAAAAAUUGGAGACCUCAGUUGCUUGUGCUGGUCCGAGUGGAUCAGGACCAAAAUGUUGUUCACCCUCAGCUUCUCUCUUUGACCAAUCAGCUAAAAGCUGGCAAAGGUCUGACCAUUGUGGGCUCAGUGUUAGAAGGAACCUAUUUGGAGAAUCAUCCGCAGGCUCAGCGUGCUGAAGAAUCAAUCCGGCGUCUUAUGGAAGCUGAGAAGGUAAAGGGAUUUUGCCAAGUGGUCACUUCUUCAAACAUUCGGGAUGGGAUUUCCCAUCUGAUUCAGUCCAGUGGACUUGGAGGACUGCAGCAUAACACUGUCCUUGUUGGAUGGCCACGGAAUUGGAGGCAGAAGGAAGACCACCAGACCUGGAGAAACUUCAUUGAGCUUGUAAGGGAAACAACUGCAGCUCGCCUGGCUCUGAUCGUUACCAAAAAUGUUAGCAUGUUUCCUGGAAAUCAAGAGAGAUUUUCUGAAGGCAAUAUUGAUGUUUGGUGGGUUGUCCAUGAUGGUGGCAUGCUGAUGCUGUUGCCAUUCCUCUUAGGUCACCAUAAGGUGUGGAAGAGAUGCACCAUGAGGAUCUUCACCGUGGCUCAAAUGGAUGAUAAUAGUAUCCAGAUGAAGAAAGAUCUGACCACCUUCUUGUAUCAUCUGAGAAUUAAUGCAGAAGUGGAAGUGGUGGAAUUGCAUGACAGCGAUAUUUCUGCAUACACUUAUGAGAAGACUCUUGUGAUGGAACAAAGAUCGCAAAUCUUGAAGCAAAUGCACCUUACCAAAACAGAACGGGAGAGAGAGAUCCAGAGCAUUACUGAUGAAUCCCGCGGAUCAAUCAGGCGGAAGAACCCAACAAACUCCAGGUUACAUUUAAGUGUCCCGGAGGAGCAAGUGGGAGAUUGUGAGGAAAAGGAAGAGGAAGAGGUACAAUUAAUAGAUGAUAAAAAUGCAACAGGUUCAACCCCGCAGUCUCCUCCAGAGGAACCAGACACCACUCAAGAGAAAGUACAUCUAACCUGGACAAAGGAGAAAUUCACAGCCGACAAGAACAAAAGUAAAAGUCCUAGCAGCACUCCGGAAGGGAUCAGAGAUUUUUUCAACAUGAAACCUGAGUGGGAGAACUUGAAUCAAUCAAAUGUCCGCAGGAUGCACACAGCGGUUAAACUGAAUGAAGUCAUAGUCAAAAAAUCUCAUGAUUCAAAACUUGUUCUUCUCAAUAUGCCAGGUCCACCUCGCAAUAGGAAAGGAGAUGAAAACUAUAUGGAAUUUUUAGAGGUCCUCACAGAACAUUUGGACCGAGUUAUGUUAGUUCGUGGUGGAGGACGAGAAGUCAUUACCAUUUAUUCAUGAAGACAAGAACCCAGAUGAAGUUUUUGCUGCACUUAGCAGGAGCCUUCGAACCUCUCUCCAAAUUCAAGAGGUGGUACAGAAACCAGGAGAGGUGGUAGGGAGGCAUAUGGUCAGUGCUCAGAAACUUCACUUGCUUCCACCAUUCCCCUCUAAUGCCCUCCUUACAUGUGAACUGCAGCACCAGAUCUUCCAUUCCAGCACAAGUGCAACUGUUCCUCAUACCUUUAUCAGAGUGCCACUGAUGAAGUUUAUAUAUGAAUCUUUACAUGAAGUCUGUGUACCUUUCUUAAACUGAGCCGCACUGCUUAAGACGCUAUCGAUACUGGCCCUUUUGUGCAUCCUGUGAUCCACUGUUCCACCGAUCUCUCCCUGACACAGACUUGGAGAACACAUGGGUUGUACUGGCAGAAAUCAGGAGAUUCCCCCUCAUCUUCACCAUAGGGUGAUAAAGACCAAUCUCAUUGAUUAAAGCAUUGGUGUGGCAAGAUAAGGGAGAGAGGGGGGUAUUCACCAGCAUGCUUUAUCGUUCCAAAUGUUCCUCUCUCUAUGCCCUUUUCUUGAACACCGCCAUUUUCUCCUCGGCUUCAGCAAUUCAAUUUGUCGGAAUUUGGGGAACAGCAGAGACAAUGGUUACAUGAAAAAAAAAUGUAUUCUCUUCAUUCAGACUGCACGUUACCCUAAAAGAAGGGCAAUUGGAGUGUUAAGGAUUUGAAAGCAGCAUUCAAAGCUGUGUAGAAGACCACUCAGCUGUGCAGGAAAUCGAGAAAGGGCUGUCUUAACAUAUUGUCUGAUGCCGAGGAGCAUGUUGCAAUAAUAAUAAUCUGAUGCAAAAAAAAAAAAAAAAAACAAGAAAAAGAAAAAAAAAUUGUAUCUGCCUUUUACUUUCAACCCUUUGCUUUAUAGGCUUGCCUUGGAUGAACUGUGCCAGAGGAAUGGUGCACAGUGAUAAUACCAACAUUCUAGACAAGCAAACUGAGCCAACAGUUUGUGUUAUUCUAGAUCAGUGGCAGGGACACCACUGCACCUUUCAGAGACUGUGAGCUAAUCCCACUAUUUCACCCUGCAUGGCCUAGGAUUUAAA